UUCCAUUAUAAAGUAUCUAAUCGUCCAAUAAAGUUACUCUGUUGGGCACUGCCUGUGUGUGGUGGUUCUCAAUUUUACGAUAGCAUUUACACAGAACAAAAUGAUCCCUUCUUUCGUUUAUAUUCUUUCUUUUGUUUUUACACACAUUCUCACUUCGUCUUCUUGCUUUGAUUCAACGGUCCACUCCUUCGCACCAUGACUGAUAAUCAAGAAUCUAUUGUCAACAAGGAGGAAAAUUUAAUGGAUGAAUCACCAUUUCUUAAACUGCAGCGGUGGCAAUGGUGGCUUUUGGUGGCAAUCAACAUAUUCUUCCUCAUUGCUGGCCAAGCUGCAGCAGUUCUUCUGGGGAGAUUUUAUUAUGAUAAAGGUGGAAACAGUAAAUGGAUGGCCACUCUUGUGCAAACUGCUGGCUUCCCAGUCCUUUGUAUCCCUUAUUUUCUUCUUCACCCUUCUCGGGAAGCUUCGACUUCUUCCACUUCACCUUCCAUCAAAACCCUUGCUCUGCUAUAUUUUGUUCUUGGUGUACUUGUUGCUGGUGACAAUAUGUUGUAUUCUGUAGGGCUUUUGUACCUCUCAGCCUCUACUUAUUCGCUCAUUUGCGCAACUCAAUUAGCUUUCAAUGCAGUUUUUUCCUACUUCCUUAACUCACAGAAGUUCACUGCUUUGAUUCUCAACUCAGUGGUCAUCCUGUCAUUGUCUGCUGCCUUAAUUGCAGUGAAUGAUGAUUCAGAUGGGCCAUCAGGAGUUCCCAAGGGGAAGUUCCUUAUAGGCUUCCUCUGCACCCUUGGAGCUUCUGCCCUUUAUUCCCUUUUGCUUUCCUUUAUGCAACUUUCAUUUCAGAAGGUUUUGAAAAAGGAAACAUUUUCUGUUGUUUUGGAAAUGCAAAUCUAUACAUCAGUCGUUGCAAGCUGCCUAUCGACUAUCGGCCUCUUUGCUAGUGGUGAAUGGAAGAGUUUGCAGCAUGAGAUGGAGGUAUUUGGCACCGGAAGAGUUUCAUACGUGCUGACGUUGGUGUGGACUGCUAUAACUUGGCAAGUAUGUGCUGUUGGUGUUGUGGGGUUGAUUUUUGUUGUGUCAUCUCUCUUCUCCAAUGUAAUCAGCACACUGUCUUUGGCUGUUACCCCACUAGCUGCACUGGUAGUUUUCCAUGACAAGAUGAAUGGUGUGAAGGUAAUCGCCAUGCUUUUGGCUCUUUGUGGUUUUGCUUCUUAUAUUUAUCAAAAUUAUAUUGAUGAUAAGAAGGCAAGGACGUUGCAGACCCAUGUCCGGGAAAUCCAGCAUACUGCUUGAUAUGUUUGGUGCCAAUGUAGACACACUAAUUAUUUACUGUGAAAUUAUGUCUGUUUUUUGUUCAACUGGGAGACCAAACAUUAGUUUAUAGCUUACUACAUUGCAACAAGAUCUCUAAAGAUAUAAAGCAAGUUAUUUAUAAGCAAAGCACUAGUGUUUGUUAGUUUAAUACUCUAGAUUUUGCAGGGAAGAGCAUUUGUUUUUGCAGGCCUUCGAUUAAUACAACUGAUUUUUUAUGGUUCA